GAGAGUGACACACUGACAAGCUUUUGUGCUUUUCAAUGAGGAAACUGAAGCAUUUGACAUCUGGGGGACUUCUGAGGACACACGCCUGGGAGACUGCUUCAAGACCCGGCAUGAAUUUACAGAGCGGUGUGUGCAGCAGGAGGAGCGGCGACUGAGAAGUUUAAAUAAAGCUCAUCUGCUUUAUCAGGAUGGGCUGCGCUUGCAGUGGCCAGACACAAGUGAAUGAUAAGCUCUACAAAGGAAAACCCAACUCUCAGGCCUCCCACCUGUCCAACCACAUCGGGCGAAGUGGAAACACAUUAGCGGAAAACGAUGAAGUUGUGUUCGUGGCGCUGCAUGACUUCAAAGGGACAAACGACAGCGAUCUACCUUUCAAAAAGGGAGACAAACUGAAGGUUUUACAAGAAAAUGGAGAGUGGUGGGUGGCUCAGUCGCUGCUGACUGGACAGGAGGGCUUCAUACCCUGUAAUUAUGUCGCCCGAGCAGAUACACUGGAGGUGGAGAAGUGGUUUUUCAAAGACUUGAGUAGAAGAGAGACUGAACGCCUGCUUUUAGCGCCCGGAAACAAACCAGGUGCCUUCCUAGUCCGAGAAAGUGAAACAUGUAAAGGGUCCUUCUCUCUGUCGAUCAAAGAUAAUGUAUUAGAACAUGGUGAUGUAGUUAAACACUACAAGAUCCGCUGUCUGGACAAAGGUGGCUACUACAUCUCGCCCUCCAACGCGUUUCCAUCCCUACAGGAGCUGGUCAAAUACUACAGCCGGACAUCAGACGGUUUGUGUCAGCGUCUGUACGCCCCCUGUAAACCCAAAGCCCCCCAGCAGCCGUGGGCUCAGGACGAGUGGGAGAUUCCCAGAGAGACCCUGAAAAUGGUGAAGAAACUGGGGGCCGGGCAGUUUGGAGAAGUGUGGAUGGGUUUCUAUAAGAGCACGCAGAAAGUCGCUGUCAAGACGUUAAAGGAGGGAACGAUGGAGCCUGAGGCCUUUCUCCAGGAGGCCAACCUGAUGAAGAAGCUGCAGCACGAGCGCCUGGUGCGCCUCCACGCCGUGGUCACCAAAGAGCCCAUUCUUAUCGUCACUGAGUUCAUGAUCCACGGUUGUCUCCUGGACUUUCUAAAAACAGACCUAGGAAAAAAGCUGAAGCUCAAUAAGCUGAUCGACAUGUCGGCGCAGAUAGCUGAGGGCAUGGCGUACAUAGAGAAGAAUAACUACAUCCACAGAGACCUGCGUGCAGCCAACAUUCUCGUGAAUGAGACCCUGCACUGUAAGGUUGCAGACUUUGGCCUGGCCAGGAUCAUCGAGACAGAAUACACAGCUCAGGAAGGUGCCAAGUUUCCCAUCAAAUGGACGGCUCCAGAGGCCAUCAACUAUGGCACCUUCAGCAUCAAAUCAGACGUGUGGUCGUUUGGGAUCCUGCUCACAGAGAUAGUCACUUAUGGAAGAAUCCCCUACCCAGGUAUGACUAACCCAGAGGUGAUCAGGUGUCUGGACAGGUCGUACAGGAUGCCGUGUCCCGACGGCUGCCCUGAUGAACUCUUCGACAUUAUGAUGAUAUGCUGGAAGCAGAAACCCGAGGACCGGCCCACUUUUGAGUUUUUGCAGAGCACGCUCAACGACUUCUUUAUCGCCACGGAGGGACAAUAUGAGAUGCAGCCAUGAUUGAAGCAGAAGUGUCCUGCCCAUAACGAGAAAUGUGAGACUCGAAUGCAAGAGGAGGGCCAACCAUAUACACAUUAUAAUAAAGGGCAUUUUCUAGGUCUACCGUUUGAAGGAUUGCAAAAGAUAUGAAGGACAUCGGAGAUGAGAUUGUCUUGGCUGGAAAUCUUCAAUAAAAAGUUGUAUUCUAUGACUGCAGCAGCUACUGAAUAUUCAGGAACAUCAUAAGGACUGAUAUGAAAUAUAUGAUUGCUAAAAGGAAUAUGGAAAUAUUAUUACCCUACAUGCAUGAUGUUUAAAGCCUUUGGUCCUGAGGAAGUUUACAGAGUUGAUAUUAUAUUAUUUUGCGUGGUACAGAAGCGAGCAGCCUGAGAUGCACAAUAUUUUGCACAUUUUUUAAUUCAGCAUUUACAUACAGAGGCUUUCUAAAUAAAAUACAUAUAAAU